AUGACCCAGGAUUCACCAAAUUGCCUAUUCCAAUACCUGGCCAACAGCCUUCUAAGCGAUAUUGAGGGAGAGCCUCCUGAAAAAACACACCAUAUCGCUGGGGCAUAUUCGGAGGUAACCCGUCGUGGUGACUCCAAGGCCGAAGUGUUUCUCAAGGCUAAGGCACUCGGGGGCAUCGGAAGGGAUCUGGACUUCAGUACCGCCACGGACAAAGCGAUGAUACCGGCCCUGAAAGAGAAGUGCAAGAACAUGACAGUGCCGGAGGGGAGCGGUAACGGGAGCGACGACGGCAGCAACCCCGGCGAAGUUGAGCAUGCCAUUCGUGAUAAAAAUAUACAGUUUCUCUUCCAGUACUUCGGGCAAAGUCAAAAAGACUGGGAGGGCCAGGAACGGCAGGAGGAGAUAAAUAAGGAUGGAGUUGAGAUGAUGUUGAGGGAAAAAGCGACUACCAAUGGGCACACAGAGGGAUAG